AUGACCGUGGCAGCUCUUAUCAUGCUUGCUUCCUUUACGACGGCGGCUGCUAUAACGCAGACGAGUGGCCACUACAGUACCUUCUCUGGGCCCGUUUCUGGCGCCAUUCGACAGGUGGUGGCUAAUCCACGUGGAGCUGUGGAUUUCGUGGCGAAGCCAGACUACUCGUUCGCGUUCGGCGUCGAGGACCCUGAGUCGGGCAACGCACAGGCGCACGAGGAGCGCCGUGACGGCGGCGUGGUCAAGGGCCAGUACACGCUGCUCGAGCCGGACGGCCGCACGCGCACCGUCGUCUACACCGCCGACCCCGAGCACGGCUUCCGCGCCGACGUCACCUUCAGCGGUACCGCCAUCACGCAGCCUAGCAACGGGGGCAGCAACAACAACAACCACAACUACUACUAUUGA